AUGGCCGAGAAAAACUACUCUAUGACAAAUAAAUUCAUCCUGGUAGGAUUCUCAGAUCACCCAAACCUGAGCACCCUCCUGUUCCUGGUGUUCUCUGUCAUCUAUCUAAUCACCAUGGUGGGGAAUCUUGGACUGGUGGCCUUGAUCUACAUGGAACGCCGUCUUCACACACCCAUGUACAUCUUUCUGGGCAACCUGGCUCUCAUGGAUUCCUGCUGCUCCUGUGCCAUCACUCCCAAGAUGCUACAGAACUUCUUUUCUAUGGACAGAAGGAUUUCUCUCUAUGAAUGCAUGGCACAGUUCUAUUUUCUCUGUCUUGCUGAAACUACAGACUGCUUCCUUCUGGCAGCAAUGGCCUAUGACCGCUAUGUGGCCAUAUGUAACCCAUUGCAGUACCAUACAUUGAUGUCCAAGAAGCUCUGCCUUCAGAUGACCACAGCAGCCUACAUAGGAGGAAGCCUGCAUCCUAUGAUUGAAGUGGGUCUGUUAUUGAGGUUAACUUUCUGCAGGUCUAAUGUAAUCAAGCACUUUUUUUGUGAUGUCCUUCCAUUAUAUAGAAUCUCCUGUAUUAAUCCACAUAUCAAUGAGCUAAUAUUAUUUACUUUGGCAGGAUCAAUUCAAAUCUUUACUAUUACUAUAGUUCUGGUGUCUUAUUUCUAUAUCCUUUUCACUAUAUUCAAAAUGAAAUCUAAAGAUGGUAGAGGCAAAGCCUUAUCAACUUGUGCAUCCCACUUUUUGUCUGUAGCAAUGUUCUAUGGGUCUCUUCUCUUCAUGUAUGCUCAACCACAUUCAGUCAAUGAAGGAGAUAAAGAUAUACCUGUAGCUAUUUUUUAUACCCUAGUAAUUCCUUUAUUAAACCCUUUCAUUUACAGUCUGAGAAAUAAGGAAGUAAUAAAUGUGAUGAAAAGACUCAUGAAGAAGAGAUGAUACUGCAACAUUAGAGAACAAGGACCUCCUCCUUUGGAAAACAGAUUUAAAUCUUAAAAUGCCCUUUCCUAAAUACACACAUACUACAAAAGUGGUAAAGUGUAAAACCUGAUCAAUUUAUGAAA